GUCACUCUUCUUGGAAUUUGGAGGGCUCGCUCGGCUUCUGUGGCCGCGGAGCGCAAAGCGGGGCAGGUCCCUUCGCCGCGCAUCGGAAACCCGGCGACGGCGGGCUGAGGGGAGGCGAGGCCGCUGCCCCUCGCCGCCCUCCCUCCACUCUCGGUGCUCUUCUCGCCCCCAGCAUGGAGCUUUUCCAAGCCAAGGACCACUACAUCCUGCAGCAAGGGGAACGGGCGCUGUGGUGUAGCCGCUCCGACGGCAGCCUCCAGCUGCGUCCCGCUACUGACCUGCUUUUGGCUUGGAAUCCGAUUUGUCUGGGCUUGAUUGAGGGACUUAUUGGAAAAGUUCAGCUUCACACAGAUUUGCCUUGGUGGUUGAUUCUAAUUCGCCAAAAAGUAGUGGUUGGCAAGCUUCCAGGAGAUCAUGAAAUAUGCAAAGUAACAAAGAUUGCAGCAGUACCACUCUCUGAUGCAGAACCUCAGGAUCUGGAACUGGAGCUCUGCAAAAAACAUCAUUUUGGAAUAUACAAACCAGAGAAGAUUACCCAGUCUCCAGAUGACUCUAAAUUUCUGCUCAAGACCUUCACUCAGAUUAAAUCAAAUGUUUCUGCUUCUAAUAAAAAGAAGGUUAAAGAAAGUAAAGAGAAAGAGAGACUGGAGAGGCGGCUGCUGGAAGAACUAUUCAAAAUGUUUAUGGACUCGGAUUCUUUUUAUUACAGUUUGACUUAUAACCUAACAAACUCCGUGCAGAGGCAAAGUGCAUGUGAGAAGGCUAACUUGCCACUCUGGAGGAAGGUUGACGAUAGAUUUUUUUGGAACAAACACAUGCUAGAAGACUUGAUCAAUAUUGGUAAAUCUGAAGUGGAUUUUUGGAUUAUCCCAGUCAUCCAGGGAUUUGUUCAGAUUGAAGAGCUUGUAGUUAAUUAUAAUGAAGCAUCCGAUGAAGAGAAAAGCAGUCCUGAGACACCACCUCAAGAGCCAGUCUGCGUGGAUGAUAUUCACCCAUGUUUUCUUGUGGCCCUUAUCUCACGCCGAAGUCGCCACAGAGCUGGAAUGCGUUACAAACGGAGAGGCGUUGAUAAAAAUGGGAAUGUGGCAAAUUAUGUGGAGACAGAACAAUUGAUUCACGUCCAUAACCACACCCUCUCUUUCGUUCAGACAAGAGGCUCAGUGCCUGUGUUCUGGAGUCAGGUUGGUUACAGAUACAAUCCCCGGCCGCGACUGGACAAAUGUGAAAAAGAAACUGUUCCAUAUUUCCGUGCACAUUUUGAAGAACAGUUGAAAAUUUAUACGAAACAGAUUAUCAUUAACUUGGUGGACCAAGCUGGACGAGAAAAAAUUAUUGGUGAUGCCUAUCUUAAACAAGUUUUAAUGUACAACAAUCCAAGUCUUACAUACGUUUCAUUUGACUUUCAUGAACACUGCCGUGGAAUGAAGUUUGAAAAUGUUCAAACACUGACAGAUGCCAUUUCGGACAUAAUCACUGAUGUGAAGUGGUGCUGGGUGGACCAAGCUGGAAUGAUUUGUAAGCAGGAAGGGAUUUUCCGAGUUAACUGUAUGGAUUGCCUGGAUCGAACCAACGUUGUCCAAGCUGCCGUGGCCCGUAUAGUUAUGGAACAGCAGUUGAAGAAGUUGGGUGUGAUGCCACCAGAACAACCACUGCCAAUGAAAUGCAAUCGGAUCUACCAGAUUAUAUGGGCUAACAAUGGUGAUGCCAUAAGCAGACAAUAUGCUGGAACAGCAGCUUUAAAGGGUGACUUCACAAGAACUGGCGAAAGGAAGCUGGCAGGAGUUAUGAAAGAUGGUGUUAACUCUGCCAAUAGAUACUACUUAAACCGCUUCAGGGAUGCUUAUAGGCAGGCAGUCAUUGAUUUAAUGCAGGGCAUUCCUGUGACAGAGGAUCUUUAUUCCAUAUUCACAAAAGAGAAAGAACAUGAAGCGCUGCAUAAGGAGAACUUGAGAAGUCAUCAGGAACUGAUUAGCCAGUUAUUGCAAAGUUACAUGAAGUUACUAUUACCAGAUGAUGAAAAAUUCCAUGGUGGUUGGGCACUUAUUGACUGUGACCCAAGCCUUGCGGAUGCUACUCAUAAAGAUGUGGAUGUCCUCCUCCUGCUUUCUAACUCAGCAUACUAUGUAGCCUAUUAUGAUGAUGAAGUAGAUAAAGUAAAUCAAUACCAAAGGCUGAGCCUUGAAGAUUUGGAAAGAAUAGAAAUAGGUCCUGAACCAACUCUCUUUGGGAAGCCCAAGUUCUCGUGCAUGAGGCUCCAUUAUAAAUACAAAGACACAAGUGGAUAUUUCCAUACCCUUAGAGCGGUGAUGCGCAACCCUGAAGAGGAUGGAAAAGAUACUCUUCAGUGCAUUGCGGAGAUGCUACGAAUCACAAAACAAGCCACGGGGUUAGAUGUAGCCAUUAUUGAGAAGAAACUGGAGAGGAAAAGCAGUAAACCCCAUGAGGACAUCAUUGGUAUUAGAUCCCAAAACAGAGGCUCCCUAGCCCAAGGAAAAAACUACUUAAUGAGCAAGUUCUCAUCUCUUAAUCAGAAAGUGAAGCAAACCAAAUCCAAUGUAAACAUGAGCAACCUGAAAAAGUUGGGGAACUUUACGAAGCCUGAAAUGAAAGUCAACUUCUUAAAGCCGAACUUGAAAGUGAAUCUUUGGAAAUCUGACAGUAGUCUUGAAACCAUGGAAAAUCCCAUGGCAGAUGCUAAAGCCAACGCAGAAUCUGACAUUGAGAUCUCCUCAGAUAAUGAUUCAUUCCAUUCUGAUGAGUACCUUACAAAUUCCAAAUCUGAUGAUGACCAGCAGUUCAUGGACUCCUUGGAGAACGUGGGACAGAUAGAUUAUGUUCUGCCCAGUUGUGGUAUCAUCGCCUCUGCUCCUCGGCUAGGCGGUCGGUCCCAGUCUAUAAGCAACACUGACAUCAACAUUAGCAUUCCUGUUCCUUCAGAAAUCCACGUGACACACUAUGAAGACCAAACUAACAAGUCUGAAUUGGAAGGCAAAGGACCCCAGGAAUCUCCUGCCACAGACAAUGCUGUAAAAGAGUUCACUAAGCCGAUUGAUGCCUACUGCCACAGAUUUGUGCAGGACGCUCAAACUAAGAUGACAAGUGUUUCAGAAACGGAGAUGAAUUCUCAAGAAGCUCAGCAAGAGAUGGAUCGCAGUAGCAAUAAUGCUUCUAAGAAAACUGAAUCUUGCUUGGGAACAGCUGUUGAGGCUCCUUCCAGACCAUCUAAAUUCGAUGUACCAUUUUCAGAGUCAGGAUCACAAUUCUUAGCAGUACAAAACACCAAUGCUAAGUCUCAUAACAGCCCAGGCUCCUCAUCCAGUAUACUGGAAGCUGGGUCAGGGUUUCAUAUGAUGCCUUCACCAGCAGAGAGUAAUGGCAGUAGGGCAGUCUCUCCUUUUGCAAAGAUUCGCAGCUCUAUGGUUCAGGUGGCUAAUAUUACACAAGCUGGUUUGACCCAAGGAAUCAGCUUUGCGGUGGCUAAAGUCCAGAAGAGCCCAGCCGAACCAGAAUCUGUAAAUGAAACUCAGCAAAAUGAACUGAGAGAAAUGUUCACGCAGUGUCAGACACGGAUAAUUCAGAUCUAGAGAGCACACGCUUCAGAUUUAAGUUGUACAUAUUGCUAAACAAAUGGUUUGUAACGGCCCC